AUGAAGAAAAAUUCUGCCUUGAUCUAUAUACGUGCUCCAAAUCUCGACUACGAGCCUAACAAGGCAAUUCGUCUUGGCCAUAUUUGGAAACAUCCAAUGGAUCCCGGCUCGUUCUGUGGACCGCCUCUCCCCAUUCCAGAAGACAUGGAAACCAACUAUACCUUCAAAGCCCCUUGGUAUAUCGGCAAAGGUAGAGCAAACAGUGGAUCAUUGGGUAUUUGGGCCAGUUUCCUCCAGGCUGUGGGAGUUACAGCAGAAUCCAAUUUUGAUUGGAACAACGCCAAGGAUGUGUCUCACACAUGCGAGAGACUGGACACGUACUCCAUAGAGCCAACGGACGAUUAUGUCAAAGAGAGUGUCAAAGCCGUGGCUUCUGAGGCUGUCAGGCGCAGGGAACGUCUGUUCAUGGUGACAGGCGUCAAGAUAGCACGUGGUGCAGUUGGCUCUAUCUCCUCCUCAAGGCGUGUUGGGGGCGGUGCAAGAGUUGGGUUCGGUGGUGAAAGCUUAGGCGUGCCAUUCGAUGGCGGACCGCAGUUCAACAUAUCCAGGGAUAUCUACGACGAAGAAACAUAUGGCGAAUCGUCAGAUUUUGUCUUUGCAUAUCGUGUCCGCCGGAUCAUUUAUCCUAAAGGAGGUUGGGAAUCGACGCACGCGGGUUCCAGUAUUGUGAAUUAUGGACUACAUGAAGUAGACGCGGGAGUGUCUGUUUCGAUUGGAUCGAGGGCUUCGCCUUUCAACUCGAGGUUCGAGUUUUUUGAGGGCGAUGAGGCUGAGAUACCAGGUCCUCUGCUGGUCGGUUACCCAUCGACAUGGCAAGAACCAACAUCUCUCCUAACCUUGGAUAGUUUACAUCAGAAGGUACUGCAUUUGGAAAGCUCCAUGCAAGAUAUAAGAGCCCAGCUAGUAAAGCUCCAAUCAGGACGCGAUUCAGCACAUCAAAGUGUCAUCGAACAAAGUGCUUCUCCUCAAGCAUCGACAAACAGUCGUGUGUUGAUGGAUGAGAUCGAGCCCGCAGAUCAACAUGUUCAUGCUGCUCCAGCUGAAGUUAUCCGGCGUGUCGCCUGCCAGGUGACUGGUGACUUGAGAAGAGCUUUCCACACAAAAGAGGAUGUUGUACGCAUGGGUAUGCUUAAUGCCACAACCGCUGAGACCCUUGUCAAAUCCUUCAUUCGACGACGUCGCCACGUUCUGUUUAUAAAUGAUGAGAGCGAUCUGGUAACUAGAGGCUCUUUGAUUCAAACAUCACCAUUUCUUCAUGCCGUGUUGUGCUCGCACGAGAUGAGGUUUACCCACACGAGCCAGACAGAUGCCUUGAAGCACAGGCAAGUCUACGAGCAUAUGCGAAACAUGCUUGGUCAGGUAGUGCUGGGUAGCCCUUUGCAUCUUGAGGAAAUUACUGGCGUUCUCAUUUGUUCUCUUUUCGCCGGAUCACCAUCGUGCGAGGCUGAAUAUGUCGAUAGCUGGCUUCUGAGUGGCAUUUGUUCGCAGCAGGCGAUGCUAUGCAUUCAAUUUUCAGAUAUUCAUCAGCGAACCAAUGCCGGGACUUCCACAAAGCUGGAUCUUCGAUCAAUGAGAAUCUGGGCAAACAUAUGCUUAAACCAUCUGCAGAAUCUACUCAAUUUUGAGCAGACCACAAUGCGCGAUGCGAUGCUGCUUGCUGAGAUCUCGCUUUACUGUACACUCCAGAAAGAAGACUGCGUUAAACCUACCUUCGCAAACGAUGGUUUCAGCUCCAAAUUUGCAAUUUGGAAGCAGCAAUAUGGAUACCUCCUUGAUCUACCUACAGGUCUUAUGCUGAAGUUCAGUUACUGUAUUGCCAACGUCAUCCUAGCAAAACGAACUCUGGAUAGGGUUGAAGCAGAUGCGUUGAAUCUCGCCUCGUCGCUCUCGCCACAGACGUCUCGCAGUUCUACAGUGAAUCUCCAAGACCCUUCCACAAAGUCCCUCCAAGGCCAUGUAUACGAACUCAGCUUCCGAGUCAUACAGGCAUUCAUCGCUAUCCCAAGUUCAAGCUCUGGAGAUUUACCCGAAUUUCACUCCCUCUGUGUUGCUUAUGCCUUGCUCAUUCUGGGUCAAUAUGAUGAGCUGCCCCCAGCCGUAGCAAAAAACGAGCUCUAUUCUGCCUUGCAAGAAAUGAGGCGUCGCUGCAGUGAAUCAAACGCGUAUUCUGUGGCAGUUAGACUCAGUGUUGAACGAGCUUGGGACAAUUUCUUGAGGGUAGAUGGCGUUAAUUCGGUCGAGGUUGUACGGCAAGAGUCGCAGUUUCAUAGCCAUGCUGCUCAGAGCACCAACGCCAACAAGGCAUGUCACAAUACUGGGGCUGGGGGUCAAGUUGAAUCUCUUGAUCUCGACUUCUUCUUCAAUGGAGGCUACUUGGACCUGCUCGACGUCGACAACUUCCUCGUCUAG